AUGGUCCCCCCGGGCGCCGCCGCCGCCGCCGCCGCCGCGUUGCCCGGCAACCCGCCCAGCCCGGCGGCGAGCCACACCAAUGGCUACGCCUACGAGAGCCGAGUUCUCAUCGCCCUGCUCCUCGCCUCCGCGCUGAUGUUCUUCUUGACGUACCAGCUCUUCAGCCCCGCCGCGGCCACCGCCGUCGUGGUCCUCUUCCUCGUCUUCGCUCUCGCCGCGCAUCGUGUCAGGAUCUCCCGCAGCUUCCCCUUCCUACACCUGUCGCUCCCCGGUGGCUCCGCCCAUCGUCGCUGGUUCCGGCCGGCCGCCGGUACGGCAGAACCAGGGAUGGACGCGGCGGCGAUCUCGGCGCUCCCGGCGGCGUUUCGGUACAAGCGGGAGCACGCCGCGACGGGGUGGGCGCAGUGCGUGAUAUGCCUGGGCCUGGUGGCGAUCGGCGAGGCCGUGCGGCGGCUGCCAACAUGCGGGCACCUGUUCCACGGCGGGUGCAUCGACCAGUGGCUGCGCGCGCACGCCACGUGCCCGAUGUGCCGCGCUGCCGUCGGCGCCGUCGUGCCGGAGUUGCCGGUCUAG